UGUUCUUUCUCUCUUUACACAUACAUCAAACUCAUAUCUAACCUAUAUCUAUAUAUAUCCCCUAUAUAUAUAUACACACACACACAUAGAUUAAUUCCUUCACUCAUAUAUAUAUAUAUAUAUCUAUAUUUAGACAUUUAUAGACAAAAAUACGCUUAUAAAGACGUGUGUGUGUAUAUAUGUAUAAUAUGGCAGAAUUUGAUGAUUAUCAGGAUAAUAAACCCACAAACAACAACACAAGACUAAAACUAUUUGGUUUCAAUGUCUCCGAAGAUGAUCAAGAAGUUGAGUCAACCAAGACUACACUCUCAGCCGGAUCAUCGGAUUCCGGUGGCGGUUUCCCGUCUUCCGAUGACCGGAAAUACUUAUGUCAAUAUUGCUGCCGUGAGUUUGCUAACUCACAAGCUUUAGGUGGUCAUCAAAACGCUCAUAAAAAAGAAAGGCAACAAUUAAAACGUGCACAAAUGCAAGCUAGUCGAAACGCUGCCGUUUCGUAUAUUAGAAACCCUAUAAUUUCGGCCUUUGCUCCGCCGCCGCAUCUCCUUACACACUCCGGUCCGAUGGUGAUCCCGUCGUCGGGGGUGUCGCCUCCGUCGUGGGUGUACGUUCCACGCGCUUCGCCGGCGUUUCACGUGUCGCAUGGAUGUGUUUUGCCGUCUGGAUCAUCUCCGCCGUCGGUUGGGAGAGGUCCAGGGAUGGUAUCGUAUACCGGCAGUGUAGGGGAUUCGACUAUAAGUAGAGUUGGGCCUCAGCCCAAUAGUAGGUCAUAUCAUGAUGAUGGGCCUUCUUUGAGUAGGUUUUCAACAGGGGAUGGUGGGCCCAACUUCGAUGAUACAUUUGGGCUUGAUUUGCAUUUGAGCCUUUAGCCGAGCCAUGCCUUGAGCCGAGUCAUGAAUUUAGUUUUAGUUUGGAAAAGAUGCAGUUAUUAUUAGGCUUCGCUGUAAAAUCGGCUCGAGAAGCCGUUGUCGAAUUUUCAACCCCUCGAAUCUUUGUAAAUUCUGAUUUAUUUAUUUAUUUUCUUGAAAUUAA